CGCAACUCUGUUGGUAGAUCCAUCACCUCAAAGAGUUAAGCCAAUCCCAUCUUCAGCCUGAGAGCUGAGAGUUCGGAUUUGUUCUUUCUUCCAUCAACUACUCCUCCGAUUGUUUCAGAGUCAUAGUUCUUCUUCUCCAUUUGCUUUCGUAGAUUGUUUCUUCUGGGAGAGUAGAAACAAUGGACGUGUUGCGGAAGCAAGCGAGCAAGCUCAAAGAGCAAGUCGCCAAGCAGCAGCAGGCGGUAAUAAAGCAAUUCAGUGGGACUGGCUAUGAACGUUCUGAUAUAAUGGUUACAGAUGAGGUUGAAAUGCAGAGGCAUCAACAACUAGAGAAACUGUAUAAAUCUACUCGUGCAGGCAGGGAUUUUCAAAAAGAUGUUAUUCGAGCUGCUGAAACAUUUACAGCAAUAGGAUGUAAGCAAAUUGAAGCAGGGACCAAGCUAAGUGAGGACUGUUGCAAAUAUGGAAGUGAAAAUAGCCAUGACAACAUUCUAGCCAAGGCUGCAUCUCUCUAUGGUGAGGCUCGUGUUCAUAUCGAAAAAGAGCAAGAAGACUUGAAUAAGCUGUUAGGCUCACAGAUUUUGGAACCCUUGAGAGCAAUGAGCAUUGGUGCCCCUCUAGAAGAUGCUCGCCAUCUUGCUCAACGAUAUAGUCGAAUGAGACAUGAAGCAGAGAUGCAGGCAGCAGAAAUUUCUAGAAGGCAAGCAAAAGUAAGGGAAGUUCCUAGUAUUGAGAACAAUGCAAAGCUACAUGCAGCUGAAUCUAAAAUGCAGGAACUGAAGGCAAACAUGGCAGUUUUGGGCAAAGAAGCAGCAGCUGCAUUAGCUGCAGUUGAAGCACAACAGCAAAGGCUGACAUUCCAGAGGCUUGUAGCAAUGGUUGAAGGAGAAAGGACUUAUCAUCAGAGAGUAGCUGCAAUCCUAAAUGAGAUUGAAGCUGAGAUGGUCUCAGAGAAACAGCGGAAAGAAUCUGCCCCUCCUGAAAUUUCAUCAGGUGGACGUUCGGAGAAGACAACGUACUUCCUAGCAGAAGCAGUGCAUGCUUUUAAUGCUUCAUCAGAGAAGGAGCUGAGCUUGGCAGUGGGUGACUAUGUUGUUGUCCGGAAGGUAUCUCCAUCAGGCUGGUCAGAAGGAGAAUGCAGAGGUAAAUCAGGAUGGUUUCCAACAGCAUAUGUGGAAAAACGCCAAAGGAUUCCCACCAACAAGGUGGCUGCUGAAGUCUUUUAGUCUUCCUGUGUGAAAUAUUCAAUUAGUUUAUUUUGGUAAAUAAAUGUCAAUUAGUUGGAACCUUAAUUUUUAUGAAGAGAAAGCUUCCAGACAGCUUGAUCGUUACAGGACAAUAUGAUUACUUAAUAUAGUUUCUGUGCAGGAUGCCAUUUAUUCUUUUA